AUGUCCAGCCCAGAUUUCCAAUUGGGGUCAACAGUCUCAAAGCUUUCAUGCGCCGCCCAGUUCUCCAAUUCACGGUCUUCACAACCAAACCCAUCAAAUGGGCGUUCUGCAAAGGAGCUUCAACAACCUGCUCAUGCCAUAUCUAUAAUGAAUGCAAACCGUGUCAUUGGUAAUAACAAUUCUUAUGCAAAUGCUUCUGGUCUGUCAUCUUCUACAUAUGUCUCAAUUAAUUCUGCCUUCACUAAACCUUGGAUUUUGGAUAGCGGAGCCACUGACCACAUCACUUCUGAUUCUACACUUUUCACUAAGACAGAAUCUUGCCCAAUGCCCAUUGUUAAUUUACCCACUGGAUCCACAGUCCCAAUCACUUCCACUGGCACCGUACCUUUCAACUCAGACAUCACCUUAGACAAAGACUUGGCUACGGGGAAGAUAAUUGGCUCGGGUAAACAACGUGGUGGUCUCUACUACAUGUCUCCAUUACAGAGCACACCCAUCUCAAAUCAAGUUUCACACCCCACCAAUUUGUGGCAUAUGCGACUUGGUCAUCCGUCGUCUUCUCGUCUCAAAUUGACCCACAAGUUUUUCGUAAGUCGUGAAGUCAAAUUUUGUGAAACCAUUUUCCCUUUCUCAUCUAUUUCUACACCACCCAAUCCCAAUUUUGUGUUCCCCUCAUCAUUUCCUAACAUCACUGACAAUGGGCCAUCCUCACAUCCCUUUCCUACUAUUAAUCAACCAACCCACUUGCCAAAUUCAACAGAGCACUCACCUGACUUAAACCCCCAUGUGCUUGACACACACGACCACGUGUCUGACCCACCAGUUAACCUUACCCCACCUGCCAACCCGUUACUCCAAGCACCACAUAACCAUAUCCUACCUACCUUACCCAAUAAUUCCACCACCCAUACCUUACCAAAUAAUCCCAACAUACUUCCGUUAACCCAUCAUGAUUCACCCGUGUCCCCCCUAUCCACUUCUUCCGCACCCUCUGAAGUCCCUUCACACUCAGUCAACCCAACUCCUCUCCAUUCAUCCUCUUCCGAGCCCACACUUCAAUCCACACAAUCUAUACCACCUCUGCGUCAGUCCCUUCGUCUCAAACACCCUCCGACAUGGCAUAGCGACUACCACAUGUCCAACCAAGUCAAUCAUUCUGCCUCAACGCCUCGUUCUUCAGGUCUCACUGAGCCCACCUCAUAUGCACAAGCUAUCCAUGAUCCAAAUUGGCGACAUGCCAUGCAUGCAGAAUUAGAGGCCUUGCAACAGAAUAACACAUGGAGUAUGGUCCCUUUACCCGUUGGUCAUAAACCGAUUGGAUGCAAAUGGGUCUACAAAAUCAAAUACAAGUCUGAUGGCACCAUUGAACGAUACAAAGCUCGGCUAGUUGCUAAGGGCUACACUCAGGUUGAGGGCAUUGAUUACGAAGAGACCUUUUCCCCCACAGCAAAACUCACCACUCUACGAUGUCUCAUUACUGUUGCUGCUGCCCGCAAUUGGUUCAUCCACCAGUUGGACGUCCAGAAUGCUUUCCUUCACGGAGAUUUACACGAAGUGGUUUACAUGGAGCCUCCUCCUGGUCUUCGCCGACAAGGGGAGAACACUAUAGUGUACAAAAGGCUGGUUAUCAACAAUCAAAGGCUGAUUAUUCACUAUUUACCAAGGCCGAAGGCAUUGAGUUCUCCCGUUCCAAGAAAGGUAUUUCAUGUCUCAGAGAAAAUAUGCAUUAGAUAUUUUGCAAGACUCAGGACUUAUAGGUGCACGUCCAGACAAAUUUCCUAUGAGCAAAAUUUGAAGCUUACUCCCACAGAUGGAGCGUUGCUAAAUGAUCCAACUAAGUACAGAAGAUUGGUUGGGAGACUGAUUUAUCUUACUGUUACAAGGCCUGAUAUAGUUUACUCUGUUCGAACAUUAAGUGAGUUUGUGCAUCAACCUCGCAAACCUCAUUGGGAUGCUGCUUUACGGAUCCUUAAAUACAUCAAAUGUACUCCUGGUCAAGGUUUGUUUUUUCCUGCCUCCAACAAUCUUGCCUUGAGAGCCUUUUGUGAUUCAGAUUGGGGAGGUUGUCGUGCCACUAGAAGGUCAGUUACUGGAUAUUGUGUAUUUCUUGGGAACUGUCUCAUCUCAUGGAAGUCUAAGAAACAAACCAUUGUUUCUAGAUCAUCAGCAGAAGCCGAAUAUCGAGCUAUGGCUAACACAUGUUUGGAGCUCACUUGGCUGCGCUAUAUAUUACAGGAUUUAAAAGUCCCACAAAGAGCUCCAACAUCAUUGUUUGUGAUAAUCAGGCAGCUUUGCAUAUUGCAGCAAAUCCAGUUUUCCAUGAGCGUACCAAACACAUUGAAAUAG